AUGAAGUCUUCUCUUCUCCUUUUGGGCGCAAUGGCCGCCCACGUGCUGGCCGCCCCUGCUUCUUCGCACGAUUACAUUGUUCACGAACGCCGGGAUGCGUUGCCUGCCUCGUGGAGCGAGGGAAAAAGACUGGACGGAUCCGCUAGCUUGCCGAUGCGUAUCGGUCUGACCCAGUCCAACCUAGACCGCGGCCAUGAUCUCCUCAUGGAUGUUUCGCACCCCAGUUCGUCGCGGUACGGACAGUUUUACACCCCCGAGGAGAUCCAUGAUCUCUUCGCUCCAUCCAAGGAGACCGUGGACAGCGUCCGCGACUGGUUGGAGAACAUGGGCAUUGCGGGACACCGCAUCUCGCAGUCCGUGAACAAGCAGUGGUUGCAGUUUGAUGCUGAUGCCGAGGAGAUGGAGUCUUUGCUGCGGACCAAGUACUACGUGUACGAACACCAGGAUACUGGCAAGAACCAUGUUGCGUGCCGCGAGUACCACGUCCCCAAGCAUGUGCAACGCCACAUUGACUUCAUCAAGCCCGGUGUCAACCUGCUGGAGGUCAGCAAUGUGAAGCAGGCCAAGCCGACCGACGAAUCAGGAGUCCAAAAGCGCUCGAGUGUCAGUUCUCAGGGUCUAUUGCCCCCGAUUCUGCGCACCUUGGACCUGCCCCUGGUCGAGCUCCUGGGUAACCUCCUGGGUCUCUGUGAUGUGGCCAUCACCCCGCCGUGUAUUGAGGCCAUGUACAACUUGACCAAGGGUGACAAGGCUACUAAGGGUAACGAGCUCGGUAUCUUUGAGGGCCUGGGUGACAUUUACAACCAGGAUGACCUGGACCUAUUCUUCUCGAGCGUUUACCCCACCAUUCCUGAUGGCACCCACCCCGAGCUCAAGGCCAUUGACGGCGCCAAGGCCCCGUCCAACAGCUCGCUCGAUGCCGGCGCCGAGUCCAACCUGGACUUCCAGAUCUCGUACCCCAUCAUCUGGCCGCAGAACUCGAUUCUGUUCCAGACCGAUGACCUUGUCUACGAGAAGAACUACACCUACGACGGCUUCUUGAACAACUUCCUCGACGCCAUCGACGGCUCCUACUGCUCGGAGACAUCUCCCCUGGACCCUCCGUAUCCCCAUGACGUUAAGGGCGGCUACAAGGGCAAGUUGCAAUGCGGUGUUUACAAACCGACUAAUGUCAUCUCCAUCUCCUACGGUGGCGCCGAGGCGUCCCUGCCCAUCUCCUACCAGCGCCGCCAGUGCAAUGAAUUCAUGAAGCUCGGUAUGCAGGGUGUCUCUGUCGUGGUUGCCUCGGGUGACUCCGGUGUGGAAAGCCGCGGCGGCGACCCCAGACCCAGUAACUGCCUGGGCGAAGAUGAUAAGGUCUUCGCCCCUGACUUCCCCGCCACCUGCCCCUACCUCACCACCACCGGUGGUACCUACCUGCCCCACUUGGCCGACCCCAAGAAGGACCAGGAGGAGGCCGUGACCAAGUUCCCGUCCGGCGGUGGCUUCAGUAACAUCUACAAGCGCGCCGACUACCAGAAGAAGGCUGUUGAGGAGUACUUCUCCAAGUACGACCCCGGCCACAAGUCCUACGAGUCCGUCGACAACAGCUCCUUCGCCGACAACGGCGGUAUCUACAACCGUAUCGGCCGUGCCUACCCUGACGUUGCGGCUGUCGCUGACAACGUCCUUGUUUUCUCUGGUGGUCUGCCGUCGCUGGUCAGUGGUACUUCUGCUGCUGCGCCGGUGUUCGCGGCUAUCCUCACCCGUAUUAAUGAGGAGCGGCUGGCUAAGGGCAAGUCGACAGUUGGUUUCGUCAACCCUUUGUUGUAUGAGCACCCUGAGGCAUUCAACGACAUUGUUAAGGGAGAGAACUCGGGUUGCGGUGUGACUGCCUUCAAGGCUGUCCCUGGCUGGGACCCGGUUACUGGCUUGGGAACCCCCAACUACCCUAAGUUGUUGGACUUGUUUAUGGACCAGCCGUAA